AAUCGCGAAGCUAUGGUCUGAUCACGUGAUAGGUUGCUAGCCAAAUUGUUUAAACCGAUCCAGGAUCCAGGGCCGAGCCUCUUUUUCUUUCCGUCGCCAACUGAGACAAGCAUUAUUGUAGAGACACGAUGCAGAACACUUCAAGAUGAUACGAGCUUCAAAAUGAUCAUUCAAAGAAAACUUGUGCUGUUUUAUAACUUCUUAUUCAAGCAAGCUGACAUCAUAGGCAGUGUAUAAUUCACUUCAGUCGUAACUCCACAGCUAUGGAAUGCCGCUUGGCAGGGCUCCUGUUCACCUCCAAGUUUGACUCUGGUAACUUGGCCCGGGUAGAGAGAGUCAGUUCUGACGAUGAUGAGGACGGGACAGGCCACCGGGUGGGGGAUGCCAACGCUGCCCCGGACUACGAGUUUAACCUCUGGACCAAUCCAGACUGCGGAGGAACAGAGUUUGAAAAUGGCAACAGAACCUGGUUCCACUUUGCCGUGAAGGGUUGCCCCAUGAACAAACUGAUCAAGUUUAACAUCAUGAACAUGAACAAGCAGGGCAAGCUCUACAAUCAGGGGCUAGCUCCGGUCGUCAAAGUCCUCCCACAGAAACCCAAGUGGGAACGCAUCCGGGACAGGCCCUACCAUGAGACUGUGGAUGGUCAGUUCAUACUCUCCUUCACCUAUCGCUUUGAGUACCGCUUCUCUACGGUCUACUUUGCGUUCUGCUACCCGUAUUCCUACACAGAGUACCAGGACAAGUUCACUGAGCUGGACAACAAAUUCAGCAGCAGGAAUUAUGAUUCAGGCUGCCCUAACAGUGCAAUCUACUACCACCGUGAGGUGCUAUGCCACUCCUUGGACAAGCUACGUGUGGACCUCAUAACCAUAUCAUCUUGCCAUGGACUAACCACAGAGAGGGAACCAAGACUGCAUAGACUCUUCCCUGAUACAUCUACACAGAGGGCUAGGAAGUUCAAAGGAAAGAGGGUUUAUUUCUUGAGUAGUCGUGUUCACCCGGGCGAGACACCAGCCAGUUUUGUCUUCAAUGGAUUCUUUGACUUCAUCCUGCGUAGCAAGGAUGAAAGAGCCUGUCAGCUCCGGAAGCAAUACGUCUUCAAACUGGUCCCUCUCCUGAAUCCUGAUGGUGUCCAGAGGGGCUACUACCGCACCGACCAACGGGGCGUCAACCUCAACAGGGUCUAUGUGAACCCUGACCCCGAGCUCCAUCCGUCCAUCUUUGCUGCCAAGAGCGUAGUUCAGCACCAUCAUGUGAAUUCAAGAGUGAUGAGGUCAUCGGUUGACUCUGGACGAGGUAGGGGAAUUCCCCCAGGCGGUGGGGUAACCCCCGUUAGUCAUGAUGGGAUGAGGAGGAAUGAAAGGACAGAGGGUACAGACAAUGCGGAGGAAGGUACAGAGGUGAGGGCAGAACUAGGGAAGGACAAGUUUGUCAUUGAGAAGAAAGGCGUAGGGGCUAAUGCAAUUCUCGUUGUGCACCGUGGUAGCAAAUUAGACAACAGUUCACCACUAUUGUCUAAUGAUGAAGAGAAGAGAUACAGUCCUAAUGAAGGAGGGAUAAACUCAUACGGUGAUGGAUUGACGCCGGGUAAUGAUUUAUUGUUCUUGCCAAACAGUACCUCCCACAAUGGCAAAGAGAUUUCAAGGGACGAUGCAUCUGUGGACGAUUCUGAUGUCGAAAGCGACAUCGGCAUGAAGACGCAAACCCCCCUGUCUAGCAAUCAAUCUAACAACAAUGCACAGCAAGUAUUACCAGUAAACUGUGGGGAUACCGACCCAAUGUCUAUACCCUCAGAAGAAAGUGGUAUAGCAUUCUACGUUGACCUUCAUGGCCACGCCUCCAAGCGCGGCUGCUUCAUAUACGGCAACUUUCAUGAGGAUGAGGAGCGACAGACGGAGAACCUCCUCUUCCCGAAGCUGAUCGCUAUGAACUCUGCGCACUUUGAUUUUGACGGAUGUAACUUCACAGAGAAAAACAUGUACACUAAGGACAGAAGGGAUGGCAUGUCGAAGGAAGGCAGCGGCCGGGUUGGUAUCUACAAAGCAACAGGAAUCAUUCACAGCUACACUCUAGAGUGCAACUAUAACUCUGGUCGCUUUGUGAACUCCCUCGCUCCAGCCUCCAAUGAUGAAGGGAGGGCAUCACCGCCUCCCCUGGCUGGGUACCCGCCAAAGUAUGGACCCCAACAUUAUGAAGAGGUUGGUAGAGCAACAGCCAUAGCUGCCCUGGACAUCACAGAUACAAACCCUUGGUCUCGGCUGGCAGGCACAGAGAGUGGCAGCGUUCACGGUGUCAGGGCAUGGGUUCAACGCUACUUACGAAGCAUGCGCGGGGCUCCCUCACUGCCCAAGAAGAUGUCAAGGGUUGCUUCGAAAACAUCCAGUCUUGUUGCAACAGUGAUGACUCCUGCAAAACCUAACAGAACAAAUCUGUUCCAUUCUGGCAACUCCGGCAACAAUGCAGGCAUCAGUAACACCACAAGCUAUUCCAAUGCACAACAGAAUACAAGCAACAGUCCAAAGAGAAACCUUCAUUCCAAACCGUUAGGACCUGUAAGAGAAACCAGAGCAUCAAUGGAAAGGAGAAAGCAUCUAGCUACCCUUCAAGGGACCGGUGUCUCGACAUCCACUGCAUCCUCUGCUGCCUCCGCCUCCACCACCACCACCACCGUGGGCGUGGCAUCCACCUUACCAUCAGGGGGGAGGAACUUCACCAUACCCCUCCCCCUGACCCACCACAAACAGUCACCACCAUCAACCACCAGAUCCCUCAAGGCCGGACCGGCAUGGGCACAUAAGAAGAACAAGUCCGACACGGCGCUGGGAAAGAACGCGAUCGAGUCGGGGGGCGGACAGAAGGAAUCAAGCAACCAGCUCUCGCCCCGAACCCUCCUCUCAAAGUCAACCAAUAAUCUAGGGACGUUCACCCGCCAUGGAGGCCCUAUGGCGUCAAGCACACUGCCCUCUGUUGUCACCGAGCUGCUCAACUCCGUCAUGAUCAAUGCGCUGGAGGGGUCCCAAGGUGGCGACAAGGAGCAGUCCCAUGCAUUCUCGACGGCGUCGACGGCGCAGCAAAGAACAGCGAUGUAUGUCAAGAACCAUGGGAGCACUGUGUUAUCACCCAGUACAUCUGAUGCUGUGCACACAGUCAAGCUGGAGUUCCCUCCAACGGCACCAUCUGCACUCUCACCUAAGGGCCACCAAUCUUUGUUUCCACGGCAACACAUGACAAUAGACCUUCGGGCAUCCUCAUCACAGCCCGCCCAGCAUCAUGGCAACAUACAUGUGCAGGGGGAGAAGAGUGAUCUCAAAGCACUGGGGAGUCUGUGUUUACAUGAGGAUAGUCAGCAGGACUCGGCCGACAAGACCAAGAAGAGACGGAAGAAGGUGAACGGACCGAAACGACGCAGCAUCUCCCACAGCCCUAGCCGCAAGUCCCAGAAGAACUCCCACCGGGCGGCGCUGACCAAGGGAGGUAAGCACAGCGGGACAGACAGCGACCCUGAGCGAUUGAUGAACCGCAGAACAACGGAACGGACGAGGCAGAGGUCACUUACAAGCAGCCUCUCAGAUCCUACACCUAACGAUUUGCACCCAAUGUCUGAACACACUACUUUUGCAUCUCACGGGGACCGUCGGAGAGACAGUACACCAAAGAGGAGUCGCUCGAUUGGCAGUAUGCAAGAACCUUCCUACCUUAAAUCCAAAGUAGGAAGCCCGAUCAAGAAAUCAAACUCCUUCACUGGAGGACGGAGAGAUUCCAGUGUUUCCUACCAAGUGGUUGAACUGAAUGAGUUACUGCAAAGGCGGCAGUCUCAGAAAACACCCAUCCCAGUCAAGAAAAUUGGUUUCUGGGUAGAUUUCUAGCCCACCUUCAUUGGCUUCCUGAGUUGCUAGUUACACCCAUAGCUAGUAAAGAGGAGAUAGAUGCGUCACAGGAAGUCACAUUCGUUCAUAGGUCAGAUUCAUGGGUCACAGAAAAUACCCAUCCCAGUCAAGAAGAUUGGUUUCUGGGUAGAUUUCUAGCCCUCUACAUUUGUCAUCGUUGGCUUCCUGAGAAGCUAGUUACACCUGUAGCUAGAGAAGAGGAGAUAGAUGCGUCACAGGAAGUCACAUUCGUUCAUAGGUCAGAUGCAUGGGUCACUGAAGUAGUUCCUCCCAUAUGAGAAUGAAAUGGCAUUUGAAUAUGCAUCUAUCUAUGUCACAGAUAACUCCAUGAAUAUGCUAUGGUUCAUACUCCAAAUGCUGGGGCGGCGACCCAGAAGGGGGAGGGGGGUUGAUUUUUUUUUCCUGAUGGUUAUGACAAAUUUGAAAAGAUGUUGAAAGUGUAAGUUAUGCUUGAUCAUUAUGCAAUAUGCAGUGUUAUAAAUGUUUGCUGUAUAAGUCUCAAAACAUACCAAGUUACGUCUCUUUUCAUUUAGAGAAGAGUGGAUUGAUUAAAACUUUGUUUGAAUUUUAAAUAAGGUAGUGCAGUGACAGAAGGUAAUGAAAUAUAUAAAUAAUGAAUAUCUGCAAGUACAGUUGAAAAUCUAUAAUAUUUCAAACAUUCUGUGAUUUUUUUAAAUGAGGUGUGGGCAUGCAAUAACCUGUAGUUCCUUUGUUCUAGAAAUGAAAAAGAUAUUGCUCAAAACAAUUGUACCAUAUAUUUUUUACUAUCUAAUAUUCAGAAUAUUUAAUUUUUUCGCGUUGUGAAUUGACUUGAAAUUCAGUACUCCAUGGGGCUUAAUAUUCUAGGCAAUUUAAUUGUUUAUUGCCGUUUGCUUUGCUGCGAUUUUGUAUAAAUCAUCUUUAUGAGCUGCAAGGAUACAUCGUGAUGUCACUUCAAAUUUAGUUCAGGGGUUGUGAACUUAGAGGCUGUUAUUUGCAAUGUCACAGACUGCACACGUUUUACUAUGCAUAAUUCGAUUUGAAUUUAUUCCAUUUCGUAUCAAUUGUUUGCUAAAUGAAGAACAUAGUUGACAAAGUAAGUUCAAAAUUAUGAAAUGAAACAGGAACCUAC